AUGUCUACCCAAUCUUUUGUCUCCCGUCAAACUUCAAACCGUGUCAAUAAUGCUGCCCGUGAAGCCGCUGUUAUAACAUUAACUUUAUUUACAAGAGAAAAUGAGAAGCCUAUCUACACCAGAAAGUCUUAUGUGAGCAAACAGAAAUUAUUUGAAUGCCAGAAUAACUAUGAGAACGGAUAUCUCGUUAUAGAGGCAAAGUUGCUCAGAUUUCUGGACGAAGUAGUAGUCUCUCGUGGGAAUCUAAAGAAAGGCCCCAAUCCUGAUGGUACAUUUCAAGAACUCAAAAUGGAGCCAAUUUUGCAAUACAUCAAGGCAGUUGUAGAUCUUUACGCAUCUCAAGCUUCGAGAAACCUUUCGAGUGAGCCGAGUGUUCGAGGGAAGGCAUUGCAAGCCUGA